CCCCACCGCCAUGGCAGCCUUCAGCGGCGUCGCCCCUGCCGGCGACGGCCUGCGCUACGCCGAGUACUCGCCGCCCUCCAACAAGCGGCCGGACGCGGAGGGCGACCGCAGACUGGCAAGAAGCUUGAUAGCUGUGGGACUGGGUGUUGCAGCUUUUGCAUUUGCGGGUCGCUAUAUAUUUCAAAUCUGGAAACCUCUAGAACAAGUAAUCACAGAAACUGCAAAGAAGAUUUCUACUCCUAGCUUUUCAUCCUACUAUAAAGGAGGAUUUGAACAGAAAAUGAGUAGGAGAGAAGCGAGUCUUAUUUUGGGUAUAAGCCCAUCUGCUGGCAAGACCAAGAUUAGAACAGCUCACAGGAGAAUCAUGAUUUUGAACCACCCAGAUAAAGGUGGAUCUCCAUAUUUAGCAACCAAAAUAAAUGAAGCAAAAGACUUGCUGGAAGAAACCACCAAACACUGAUUGAUGCUCAAGGAUGACCCUGAAGGGAAAGGGGGCAGGGAAAGGGGUGGCACUAAGAAACCAAGCCCUGGAAAUGUAAUCUGACCACCACCGUCAUCGUUUCCAUACAUGUGCUGCCCUGAGUGAUCAUUUAUUCCACCGUUAAGCAGUAUAAUAAUAAAAGACUAAUGAUAUUUUAUUAUCUUUUAAAGGAAUACCUUAAAAUUCUAUAGCUAAUCUUUUUUUCUCACUGUCUUGCUUUCUUUGUGUUAGGCAUACAUUUUAAUAUUUUUGUUCUAUUCGUUUUAAAUUCCUCACCUGCUGCCCCCCUACACAAAAGUAUCCAAAAAAUAUGAUCAUCAGUAAUGUAAUUGGUGUUAGUGAGCAAUAAGUAGAAAUGUUUUUACUGCUUAUACAGGGGUGGGCAAAGUAGGUUUACAGUUGCAUUGUGGCAUUCUUUUGAUUUAAUAAAGCUAUUGUCAUAAUCAUGACCUGCAUGGUUUUUUUCCAUAUGACCACUGUAGACCUUCUUCUGCCCACUCCUGUGUUUGUCCUCACAUUGUCCCCGUUUCCUUGGAGGAAUUGAGCACUCUGCCUGUGCAAAGGGCUUUAAAUGUUUUGAGACCAAGCACUGACUGCCAUCCCCAUGGGGAGAUGAUCGGAAACUUAAUGGAAUUUACAAAAUGGUGUUUUCUAAAGUAGUGGAGGACUCGUUAAAGAACUCUGCUCUCUCGGAGACCCUAUGGCCGAAGCAUGGGAACUUAGAGAGCUACUAAAAUGAUUAAAGAUUUACAAAGUGAGCUCUGUGAGGAAAGGCUGAAAAGAGCUACGAGAAGUCUGAGGAGCUCAUAUUUAAUUAUAGUCUUCUGGUACUGUAUAUUUAUUCAGUCAUUCAUUCCAAAUGACUACUUAAAAUGUGUAAGAUGCUGCAGUGCGCCCUCUGGGAGUUACCGGUGUGGACUGCACAUGGAUCCUGGCCCAAAGGAAUUUAUAUUUUGAAGAAAGAUAAAUCACAUGAACACUAUUAGAGAUGGAUAGAUGAUCUGCUAACGAAGUUCAAAAGAAGGCCCGGCCUGUGUGGCUCAGUGGAUUGAGCCUUGUCCCAUGGACUGAGAGGUCCCGGUUCAAUUCCCAGUCAGGGACAUGCCCGGGUUGCCGGCU